AUGUUCACCCAGCCCGUGCCUGCACCCGCAGCCGCGCCGCAGCCGUCCACGGUGUCACCCUCGCGCUCCUCGCGCCUGCGAGGCCUCAGCUACCUGCGCAAUUACACACACAACCACAUUCUCUCCCGCGACGCCUCCAACGCCAGCACCAACAACGGCACUGCCGCCACCACCGCCUCGAGGCAGUCGGCCGGUCUCACCAGGUCCGCCUCCUACACGCCAGGCGCCCUGUCCAACCCGACGCCCACCUCGGCCAACGCGAACCGUCUGAGCCUCGUCAGCUCGACCCCCGAGAGGGCCACCCGCCAACCAACGGCCUCCGACUCCAUCCCCGAGUCGACAGCAGAGUCUCAAGCCCAGCAACAGACGGAGCCAGCCGCGACUGCCUCCGACGACGACACUACCGCUAUGCGAACAGCCGCCGCCGACACGGCCGGCGCUGCUGGUCCCACCUCGGCCGCCGAGGCAGCACCAUCGAUUCGUUUCUCCUCGUACUUUGACCAGCGCGCCUCCCGCCCGUCCCUCACCUUUUCCCCCAUCACCCGCACCCUGCCCAGCGGCACCGAGGUCAUUCGCGUCGGUCGCUACUCGGAGCGCGACACGGCGUCGCUCGCCAGCGUCACCGGCAACCAGCCCUCGGCUGCCAAUGUCGGCUUUAAGAGCAAGGUCGUGAGCCGUCGCCAUUGCGAAUUUUGGUACGAAAACGGCAAGUGGUACAUCAAGGACGUCAAGAGCUCCUCCGGCACCUUUCUCAACCACAUCCGCCUCAGCCCUCCGUCGCAGGAGAGCAAGGCCUUUGCCGUCAAUGAUGGCGAUAUCGUGCAGCUGGGUAUUGACUUCAAAGGCGGCGAGGAAAUGAUUUUCCGUUGCGUCAAGAUGAGGCUUGAGCUGAACCGCGGAUGGCAAAACAAGCCCAACAGUUUCAACGUCGCUGCUCACAAGCGUCUGCGCACCAUGGCGUCGGCCAACACGGCGGCCGGUGCUGCUGCCAACUCAUCCCAAGACUGCUCCAUCUGCCUCAACUCUAUUGCUCCCUGCCAAUCACUCUUUGUCGCGCCCUGCUCACAUACAUGGCACUUUAAAUGCGUCAAGUCGCUCCUCAUGUCGCCACAGUAUCCCGUUUUCAUAUGCCCAAACUGCCGCGCCGGUGCCGAUCUGGAAGCCGACGUCGAAGAACCUUCAGAAGAAUGGGAGAUGUUUGACGAGCCUGAAAAGAGCGACAAGGACGAAAAAGAUGAGAAACUCGACGCCAUUGCUGAGAUAUCACCCCCCGCCGCUGAGCCUGAAGUCGCCGACGUGGACCGCAUGGACAUUACGAUCAGUGAGCCCGCCGACGCGCAAGAACCCUCAAAUCCCACCGCCCAUGCCACAUCCUCGCCGCUGCCUAUCCGGCACGCCUCUGGUGCGCGCCGAGGGACGCCCUCGCCACCCCGCCCAGGCGCCGAAGGCCCCAUUACCCCGCGAAACGAUGUUGGACCAUGGGUACUCGAUGGCCGCGCCGGGCGUGACUCCCCCGAAGGCGCGCAAAUGACGAGUCUCGACGCAGCGGCGACCGAGAUGGAUCUGACCAUUCACGCGGGCGACGAAAUUGCACAAUAA